GCUCGUGCCUCCCCACUCUCUGGGCUCGUGCUCACACAGUCAGUCAGUGCUCGCGCCGCGGUGUACUCGGUUUUGUGCUCCGUGUUUGUGGCUGGAGGCUCCGGCCCGGUGUCCGCCCUGCCUCCCGCCGCUGAGACCCGUCAGAGAAAUGUGCGACCCGUGUGCGGAGGAGGCGACAGACAGCAGCUUCGGUAAAACAGAUAAACCAUCAUGAUUCCCAUCACAGAGCUCCGGUACUUUGCUGACACCCAGCCAGCGUACCGUAUCCUGAAGCCAUGGUGGGACGUUUUCACCGACUACAUCUCAAUCGUCAUGCUGAUGAUUGCGGUGUUCGGCGGGACGCUGCAGGUCACACAGGACAAGAUGAUCUGCCUGCCUUGCAAGUGGGUCGUCAACAUGUCGUGCAAGACAAUGCCCCUCCCAAACAUGACCACCUCCUUCAUGCCAGAACCCAAAGGCAUUCAGUACGACCUCGACCGACAUCAGUACAACUACGUGGAUGCUGUCUGCUACGAGAACAAACUACACUGGUUUGCUAAAUAUUUCCCCUACCUGGUGCUACUCCACACUCUCAUCUUCUUGGCCUGCAGCAACUUCUGGUUCAAAUUCCCCCGCACAAGCUCGAAACUGGAACACUUUGUUUCCAUCCUCCUCAAGUGCUUUGACUCACCGUGGACAACAAGGGCUUUGUCUGAGACCGUUGUGGAGGAGAGCGACCCCAAACCUCUGGGAAAGAUGAACGGUUCAAUGGACAAGAAGGCGUCAAGUGUAAGCGAGGACGUUGAGGCUAGUGUGCCCAUGCUUCAGCGAACAAAGUCCAGAAUUGAACAAGGAAUUGUGGAUCGCUCUGAAACUGGGGUAUUAGAUAAAAAGGAGGGGGAGCAGGCCAAAGCCCUGUUUGAGAAGGUGAAGAAGUUCAGAAUCCACGUAGAGGAGGGUGAUAUUGUGUACCGUCUUUACAUACGUCAGACCAUCAUCAAAGUUAUCAAGUUUAUACUGAUAAUCAGCUACACAGCCUACUAUGUAGGGUACAUCAGGUUCAGUGUGGAGUGCUCAGUGAACAUUGAGAAACUAACUGGCUACAGCAUGUUUCAUUGUGCUCACCCUUUAGCAACUCUUUUCAAGAUUUUGGCCUGUUUCUACAUCAGCUUGGUGGUGGUCUAUGGUCUCAUUUGCAUGUACACUUUGUGUUGGAUGCUCAGCCGCUCCCUCAAACGAUACUCCUUUGAAUCAAUCCGCGAGGAGAGCAGCUACAGUGAUAUCCCUGACCUAAAGAACGACUUUGCCUUCAUGCUGCACAUGAUAGAUCAGUAUGACCCCCUCUACUCCAAACGCUUUGCUGUAUUUUUGUCAGAGGUGAGUGAGAACAAGCUGAGGCAGCUGAACCUGAAUAAUGAGUGGACAUUGGAGAAGCUGAGGCAGCGGAUCACCAAGAACUCCCAGGAUAAGCUGGAGCUGCACCUGUUCAUGCUCAGUGGGAUUCCAGACACAGUGUUCGAUCUGGUCGAGCUAGAGGUGCUCAAGCUGGAGCUUAUCCCAGAUGUGACUAUCCCCCCGAUCAUCGCCCAGCUUUCCAACCUGAGGGAGAUGUGGCUUUAUCACACACCAGCUAAAAUUGAGGCUCCAGCUCUGGCUUUCCUGAGAGAGAAUCUGAAGUCUCUGCACAUCAAGUUCACUGAUAUCAAGGAGAUCCCGCUGUGGAUCUACAGUCUGAAGAACCUCAGUGAGCUUCACCUAACUGGGAACCUGAGCGCUGAGAACAAUCGUUACAUCGUCAUCGAUGGGCUCAGAGAGCUCAAAAGUCUCAAAGUGCUACGUCUGAAAAGCAACCUCACAAAGCUUCCGCAGGUGGUGACGGAUGUGGGCGUGCACCUUCAGAAGCUGUCCAUCAAUAAUGAGGGGACCAAGCUCAUGGUGCUCAACAGCCUGAAGAAAAUGGUAAACCUGACAGAGCUCGAGCUUGUACGCUGCGAUCUUGAACGCAUCCCACACUCCAUCUUUAGUUUGCACAACCUCCAAGAGAUUGACCUGAAGGACAACAACCUAAAGACGAUAGAGGAGAUCAUCAGCUUCCAGCACCUGCACCGGCUCGUGUGUCUGAAGCUGUGGUACAACCAGAUCGCCUAUAUCCCCAUUCAAAUCGGAACCCUCACCAACAUGGAGAGGCUGUAUCUGAACAGAAACAAGAUAGAGAAGAUCCCCAGCCAGCUCUUCUUCUGCCGCAAGUUGCGCUUCUUAGACCUGAGCCACAACAAUCUGACCAGCAUCCACGCCGAUGUGGGAUUCCUCCAGAACCUGCAGUACUUUGCUGUGACAGCCAACAGGAUUGAGACUUUGCCCCCGGAGCUGUUCCAGUGUAAGAAACUGCGCACUCUGAAUCUGGGAAACAACUGCUUGCAGACGCUGCCAUCGCGCUUCGGAGAACUGACCGGGUUGACCCAGCUGGAGCUGAGAGGGAACCGUCUCGAGUGUCUCCCCGUGGAGCUCGGUGAGUGCCGACUGUUGAAGAGGAGCGGCCUGGUGGUGGAAGAAGAUCUGUUCAACACGCUGCCAUCAGAAGUCAAAGAGCAGCUCUGGAGGGCUGAUAAGGAGCAAGCUUGAGCCAAACCGCUGUGGAGAACUGCAGAGGAGACAAGUUUGAUUAGAGAAGCCAACAAGCAGUGGUUUUGUUUGUAAGGCCUGGCUAACCUCGAGAGAGAUGCAACUGCAUUAGCCAUGCGGACAUUUUGUUUGUUUGGUGAAGCAGGGAUAUCAAAUUCCGAGAUCCCUGAGGAUGGCUAUUUGGAAAUGACUAAUCUUACACUUGUCAAGGACAAAAUUCAUCACGAAGCUCGGUGAUGAAAGUUGUUUCAGUGAAGUGGCUUUUCUGUGUUUCGUCAUGAUUAUAAAGAUACAAGAAUGCAGGCAGGUGAUGUGGGAAAUGCAUGCCACAGCAGGACUUUCCUAAAGCAAAUCUGUUUUUAGAGAGAGCCAAAAAAACAACAUGAUAAAACUUAGCACGAUUCAGCCUUGCAAGUGAGCUAAAUGUGCUCACUGUCACUACUUUGCCACAGGAUUCAUGCACAAAUUGAACAUACUCAAAGCAGUGUUUGCCUGACCAUCCUCUGGCCUUGAGACUCAAAAUUUACUACAUUUGCAGUUGUGGGAUGGUGCGGUGUGGCUCACAAUACCGUCAGAUGUUGAAAAAAUUAUAGUGUGGUUUGUUGGGGCCUGAAGAUUUGGCCCUGUAAUUUUCUUCAGGCUUUCUGUACACUCGAUCUGCUUGAAGGCAUCUUUUUAUGCGAAUGAAAGGACUCUGAAGAUUAAGAAAUUGCCCGACAGGUGAUCUCACAGCUUAGGCCUUAACUCAGAAGACAGAUGGAAACGACGUCAAAGAAACACUGUCAAAUAUUCAGAGAAAGCAAAUGGGAACACACUCUACAGUACAAUGUCUAAAUAGCCUGCAGUCGUUAAUUUAUAACAUCGGCCUAUGUGGCAGGCUGUUUGUUAACUGCACGGGGAACUAAGGUGGAGAAAUCCACCAUUUUUCUUCAACUCUUUGUUUUGCUUCACUGAACAUCGUCAUUAUUCAGUCGUGUGACACUGGCUUCACCUUACUGUACAUGACUUAACAUCGCACACAUUGCAUGUGUCUUAUUUGUGAGAUGAGCUUUAAAUGAGUUGGAGGGGCUCUGUUGAAAAAGGGUUAAGUUGUUUUAACUUAAAUCUUACCAUACGCUGGUAUCAUGUUUGGGCCUUUAUGACAGGCUGUGUUGUGAUUGGUUUUCCGCAUAAUCAGAAUUCAGUGACUAAAUGCCACAUUAUGUGCAAUCUUAAUUUUUUUUUGUUCUGUCUAUCCUUUUUAAGCUACUUCCUUAAACAUGGACAUGCAGUCAGACAUCUGAAGUGACCUUUGUUUAUUUCAAGGCUAAUGUGUUUUGCUUUACUUACUAGAUUGUAAUUAUGCAGUGUGUACACUGCUGCUGAUAACUUAGCUGUGCCUUUAUUAAGGCUACAGAGACACAAAGAUUCAAACAACUCUUCGUCACAGUUGAUUUUUUUGGAGGGUUGUUUAUCCAAAUUGAAAUAUAUGCAAGCUUGCACAAGGGUAACCAAGGGACAGAUAGAUGAUAUAUUACAUUAAUUACAUCACCAAGAAUCAAGGUACUUUAUAUUCUCAGUAUGAUUUUGAUUUAUGAGAGCUGCGAUGGUUAUUACCUACAUUUCAAGUAGAAGAGCUGCAGAUGUGAUACGGGAGAGCCAGGUACUGUUAGUCUGAAAAAGUCAAGUGUUGACUCAAGCGGCCGGCUGUUUGUACGCUCGCUCUUAAAGUAAAUCUAUCGUGCUCAGUUUAUUCUAGGAAAAAAGUGGACAUUUGGCGUGUGUUUAUCCAUUCAAGAGGCAGAUGAGGACAAACGGGAAAUUGAGGAGUGCAGGAAACUGGUUUUGACCGACCUACACACAGGAAACAUUUAUUUGUCAAGAGAGAAAUUAGUGCAACAUGCUUUGUGUGCUUGAAACACUUUUCUUGUUAAGACCUUGGAUUUAAUAGCAUCAUUUGGAGUAAAUCUAUGUUUACUCCAGCCAGGCAUCCCUUGUUGCUAAUACGGCCCUAGCUUUUACAAGCUAUAUACCCAGUUAAAGAUUGCAAACAUAAGUCGUGGUUUGUUUUUUCGUUUGGUGCUGUAAAAUGUAUAGCUGCAACGUUUAAUGUCUUUGUUUCAUGUCUAUCAGUCAUGCAGCACGAGCUCUUAUUCUUGCCAACUGUUUGUUUUUGAUUUUAGCUUUUUAAGAGAUUUGAGGGAAACUUCACUGUACUAAUACAAUUGCACCUUUGUUCACGGUGAAUUUUGUUUCACUGAGGCCUUGGCUAAAUCAGAAUGCCCUUCCAGGGGUCACCAGUAAAAUGCUCCCACACAGUCUUAAAGUGCAGGAAAAGGAGCCUCAGUCCUGAAUGUGUUGACGAGCAACCAGCUUUAAAGUUGGAAGCAAAGGUCACAGAUGGCACCAGAGACAGGCAGUAAUCAAAGGAAAUCUCGGCUUAUCCAGCAUGUAUAGACUUUUUAAAUGUAAUGAUUGUUAAAAUGACAAAUUCAUCAUGAUAAAUCUGAGUUUGGUUUAAUUUUUAUGGUGCCAAUUGAGGGUGAAUAUGUGUUUUUUUUUAAAGACGUACUGCAGAUAGAUUGCUGACAUGUUGGAUGCCAAACAGUCAGCGCACACAGGAAAGUAAUUUAAAGAAAUGUUUCUGCUAUUGUGCUGUAGCUGGCCAACUUUUCUGUCACUCCAAAGUGAAUUUGAUAUAAUAACAUGGCUCAUUGUUGUGGUGCAGUGCAGUUGCCAGCGUUGCUCCCUCUGUCUGCCUCCGUCAAGUUAGGACACUUGUAUAAUCCACAGUGAGUAUUAAAUGUAUUUUGGCCUUAACAUGCUGGUCAUGUCGUUAGAGGUUCAAUAGUCACUACAAAAUGUAUGUAUUUUUUCAUCCCUAUUUUUAGGAGACCUGUGUCUGACCCAAAAUUCAUUCUUGGUAGAACAUUUACGGUCAGUAAUACUCAAGAAGACAGAGAAUGCCAUAGAAGUGAUUCUCAGGGUGUCACUGGGAAUUCAUUCCUUAUCAGAAUAGUUGGUAAAACUGCUACAUACACAUAGAUCUACAAAUAUAUCCCGCUUCUUUGUGACACACCUGUAAUCAGGUCUCAUUUCGUCCUGCUGACACAAAAAUUUUGGCUAAUAAUUGGCUCAGUUAUACCGUCUGACCUCCAGAUCUAUGACUCAGCGGUGCAGUCUGUCACCGUCACUUCCCAGUGAGUCACACGACUGGCUUGCACUCCCUUUCCUGCAUGUCAGCGUUAGUGAAUCUGGUGAAACUCUGGAAUAAGGUCAGUCAGACAUUAGCGAAAAACCAAAAGAAGGAAGUUUUUGUGACUCAUAGAUGUUCCUUGGUUACAAGAAAACUUUAGCACUUUUAUUUAAUUAGAAUCAUGUCAAAGGUGGCCUGUUUUCAUCUAAUCAUGUUCAGCAGUGCCAGUCAACACAUGUAAACUGAUUUAUUUAGAUUUUACCUUCUGCCUUCUGUUUGUUUAAGUGCAAAAUAUCUCGAUGUUUGUAUGUUAUGUAUGCCUUAACUUGUGUUGUUUUUGUGAAACUGAAUGAUCGAUCACUUUAUUCUGACACAGAACAGACUCAUUUGGAUCCACGGAGAGUUUUUUCAGCUGCUGGUGUUUUUGGACACAACUUCUGUUCCGGGAUUUCGCAACCGAACAGAAGCAACUCUUGACAAUCUAACUUACUGUAAAUGGAGGCGCGCUCACCCUCCAGUGUGGGCAUUGUGUACAGCAGUGCACAUCAUCUGUUAAUAUUUCUGCCGAGUGUACGUUUCUGGGACAGUCACGAUGCCAUUUCAUUUUAAUCCCUAAAAAAAUUGCAUUAUUCCUAAACUGCCACGAUUGCAUUGCAUUAACAUCUAAUCUCUACCUAUGUAUAAAAUGUUUAUUUAAAUACAUGAUUGUAUUUGCUAUGUACAAUGAAUUCAUCUCUGUAUUCUGAUGCCUGUAGAUCAGGGAUAUAUGAAAACAGUUUGAUGGUUUUGCUUUCUGGGUGUCAUAUUCAUUCCACUAUGAAGCAUGGGUUUGUUGACGCUGAUCUCGUGUGCAUUACAGCCAUACUGAAAGCCACCCACGUAACCCUGAGCAGCGAUCAUGUUGAAUACGAACUGCAAGCUGGAUGGACAGACGUGUUUCCUUCAGCAUCGUCUGUUUCACACGUGACAAGGCCUUUAUUAAUUAAUUGUUGCCAAGUGGACUGAACACUGGCUUUUUAAGCGGGACGUCUGUAACACAUGGACAGCUGAACUUGGAUUUCUGAAUGUUCAGACCCUACUUUUGUACCAUUCUGACACGUGAUAAUAAAAUUAACACUUAACACUAAA